GGGUUCGGGGGCGUGUGACGGCGUUAGGGAGGGGCAGGCCGGGCUGGGCGGAUGCAGGCCGGCCCGGCAUAGGGCGCUUUCUCAGCGCUUCCUGGGGGUGAGGGGCGUGGGGCGAGGGCAGGGUUGUGGGUCCCUGGCCCCGGGGCUGGAAUGUCGCACCUCCCUGGGGAUGGGCUUCCCUCAGGUUGAGGCGGCGGACUGCCGGGCCUCGGCCGCCGGCCUCUGAAGCUGUUGCGAGCGGCCGGUUGCGGUAGUCAUCUGCUUGGCCGCGAGAUUGGAUAAGAACUCCAUUUUCUGUUGAUGUGGAGACAUAGGUUACCUCCAACUUUCCGGGGUUUCAGAAGAGAAUUUUUUAUUGAAACUGGAAGACCAAAAUAAUUACAAGCAUGUUGUGCUGGGGAAAUGCAUCCUUUGGACAGCUAGGUUUGGGUGGAAUUGAUGAAGAAAUUGUCUUAGAGCCCAGAAAAAGUGACUUCUUUAUAAAUAAAAAGGUCCGAGAUGUAGGAUGUGGACUCAGACAUACUGUGUUUGUUCUGGAUGAUGGAACAGUGUACACAUGUGGAUGUAAUGAUCUAGGACAGCUAGGUCAUGAAAAAUCCAGAAAGAAACCAGAGCAGGUUGUUGCCCUGGAUGCCCAAAAUAUCGUAGCUGUUUCAUGUGGAGAAGCUCAUACGUUAGCGCUAAAUGACAAAGGCCAGGUGUAUGCUUGGGGUCUCGAUUCUGAUGGACAGCUUGGCCUGCUAGGAUCAGAGGAAUGCAUCAGAGUACCCAGAAAUAUUAAAAGUUUGUCAGAUAUCCAGAUUGUACAAGUUGCUUGUGGUUACUAUCAUUCACUUGCACUUUCUAAAGCAAGUGAAGUCUUCUGUUGGGGACAGAAUAAAUAUGGCCAGUUGGGUUUAGGUACUGACUGUAAAAAGCAAACUUCACCGCAGCUGCUUAAGUCUUUGGUUGGAAUCCCUUUCAUGCAAGUUGCAGCAGGAGGAGCCCAUAGUUUUGUACUCACCCUUUCUGGAGCUAUCUUUGGAUGGGGACGCAACAAAUUUGGUCAGCUAGGUCUUAAUGAUGAAAAUGAUAGAUAUGUUCCUAAUUUACUAAAGUCACUAAGAUCUCAGAAAAUAGUUUAUAUUUGUUGUGGAGAAGAUCAUACUGCUGCUCUAACCAAGGAAGGUGGAGUGUUUACUUUUGGAGCUGGAGGGUAUGGUCAGUUGGGCCAUAAUUCUACCAGUCAUGAAAUAAACCCAAGGAAAGUUUUUGAACUUAUGGGAAGCAUUGUCACUCAGAUUGCUUGUGGACGGCAGCACACUUGUGCUUUUGUUCCUUCAUCAGGACGAAUUUAUUCUUUUGGGCUUGGUGGUAAUGGGCAGCUGGGAACCGGUUCAACAAGCAACAGGAAAAGUCCCUUUACUGUAAAAGGAAAUUGGUACCCUUAUAAUGGGCAAUGUCUACCAGAUAUUGAGGCGAGGUCUUGCCAUGUUGUCCAGGCUGGUCUUGAACUCCUGGGCUCAAGUGAUCCUCCUACCUUGGCUUCCCAAAGUGCUGAGAUUACAGAUUCUGAAGAAUAUUUCUGUGUAAAAAGAAUUUUCUCAGGGGGAGAUCAAAGCUUUUCACAUUACUCUAGUCCCCAGAACUGUGGGCCACCAGAUGACUUCAGAUGUCCCGAUCCUACAAAGCAGAUCUGGACAGUGAAUGAAGCUCUAAUUCAGAAAUGGCUGAGCUAUCCUUCUGGAAGGUUUCCUGUGGAGAUAGCCAAUGAGAUAGAUGGAACGUUUUCUUCCUCUGGUUGCCUAAAUGGAAGUUUUUUAGCUGUUAGCAAUGAUGAUCACUAUAGAACAGGUACCAGAUUUUCAGGGGUUGAUAUGAAUGCUGCUAGGCUUUUAUUCCACAAACUUAUACAACCUGAUCAUCCGCAGAUAUCUCAGCAGGUGGCAGCUAGUUUGGAAAAGAAUCUUAUUCCUAAACUGACUAGCUCCUUACCUGAUGUUGAAGCAUUGAGGUUUUAUCUUACUCUACCAGAAUGUCCCCUGAUGAGUGAUUCCAACAAUUUCACAACAAUAGCAAUUCCCUUUGGUACAGCUCUUGUGAACCUAGAAAAGGCACCACUGAAAGUACUUGAAAACUGGUGGUCAGUACUUGAACCUCCACUAUUCCUCAAGAUAGUAGAACUUUUUAAGGAAGUUGUGGUACGUCUUUUGAAACUCUACAAGAUCGGUAUUCCCCCUUCUGAAAGAAGAAUUUUCAACAGUUUUCUUCAUACUGCAUUAAAGGUUUUAGAAAUACUACAUAGGGUAAAUGAGAAAACGGGACAGAUUAUACAGUAUGAUAAAUUUUAUAUACAUGAAGUACAAGAAUUGAUAGACAUAAGAAAUGAUUAUAUCAACUGGGUCCAACAGCAGGCCUAUGGAAUGGAUGUCAACCAUGGAUUAACUGAGUUGGCAGAUAUCCCUGUUACAAUCUGUACAUAUCCAUUUGUAUUUGAUGCCCAAGCAAAAACUACUCUGUUACAGACCGAUGCAGUCUUACAGAUGCAGAUGGCUAUUGAUCAGGCCCACAGGCAGAAUGUCUCCUCUCUUUUUCUCCCAGUGAUUGAAUCUGUGAAUCCCUGCUUAAUUCUAGUGGUGCGUAGAGAAAAUAUUGUAGGAGAUGCAAUGGAAGUCCUUAGGAAAACAAAGAACAUAGAUUACAAGAAGCCACUCAAGGUUAUAUUUGUUGGAGAAGAUGCUGUGGAUGCAGGAGGGGUGCGCAAAGAAUUUUUCUUGCUCAUCAUGAGGGAAUUAUUGGAUCCUAAAUAUGGCAUGUUUAGGUAUUAUGAAGAUUCCAGGCUCAUUUGGUUUUCUGAUAAGACAUUUGAAGACAGUGAUUUGUUCCAUUUGAUUGGUGUUAUCUGUGGCUUAGCAAUUUAUAAUUUUACCAUUGUGGACCUGCAUUUUCCUUUGGCUUUAUAUAAGAAACUACUGAAAAAGAAGCCAUCCUUGGAUGAUUUGAAAGAACUAAUGCCUGAUGUUGGGAGAAGCAUGCAACAGUUACUGGAUUAUCCAGAAGAUGACAUAGAGGAAACAUUUUGUCUUAAUUUUACGAUCACAGUUGAAAACUUUGGUGCAACAGAAGUGAAAGAGCUGGUUCUAAAUGGUGCAGACACAGCUGUUAACAAACAAAAUCGGCAAGAGUUUGUUGAUGCUUAUGUGGAUUACAUAUUCAAUAAGUCAGUGGCUUCCUUAUUUGAUGCUUUUCAUGCGGGCUUUCAUAAGGUCUGUGGAGGAAAAGUCCUUCUGCUCUUUCAGCCUAAUGAACUACAAGCAAUGGUCAUUGGAAAUACAAAUUAUGAUUGGAAGGAACUGGAAAAGAAUACAGAAUACAAAGGGGAAUAUUGGGCAGAACAUCCUACGAUAAAAAUUUUUUGGGAAGUAUUUCAUGAAUUACCAUUGGAAAAGAAGAAACAGUUUCUGUUAUUUUUGACAGGUAGUGAUCGCAUUCCUAUUCUUGGUAUGAAGAGUCUGAAACUAGUCAUCCAGUCCACAGGAGGUGGUGAGGAAUAUCUCCCAGUUUCCCAUACUUGUUUUAAUCUUCUGGAUCUUCCAAAAUAUACAGAAAAAGAAACUCUACGCUCUAAACUGAUCCAAGCUAUUGAUCACAAUGAAGGCUUCAGUUUAAUAUAACUUUGGAGUUAAAACUAUUCAGUUUAGUGCAAAAGCAUUAAACUAUUUGUGUUCUUCUUGUGGUGAUGAAUUCAGCAAGGUGACAGAGGUACUGUUAUAAUUCUUACUUGCAGAAUGUUCAAUCCACGAGUGUUCAUGGAAGCCAAAAAAUAUUAAAGGAAAAUGAACAAACUGUUAAUAUUAUUGUACAGAACCAUGGAUUUUUUUUGACCAUCUUCCAAUAAACAUAGCAAGUAUUGUGAAUACAUUAAAGUUUUACUAACAUGAGUUUUAAGAGUUUGCAUAUUUCGGAAAUGAUCUGGUAUGAGUGCAUGGAAAUAUUGCUUAAUUUUUCUUCAAUCAUUGAGUGAAAAACCUUUAACUUUGGCCUGCAAUAGUCAUUUGAUUAUUUUUUCAUUUGUAAAUAAUGUUAAGUUUUGUAAUAAAAUAGUUAUGUUCUGAUACCA